AUGACCGUGGAGAUGGGAAUCACAAAGGAUGCGGACGCCCCGGUGCAGAAACUGUGGCAGAAGACACCUCUCAUUCGUUCCUCCGCGCUUUCUGAACGUACAGGGCACGAAGUCUAUCUCAAGAUUGAGACAUUUCAGACGAGUGGAUCGUUCAAGGGACGCGGUAUUUCGCACUUUGCGAACCAGGCCACACGCAUGUUUCUCCAACAACGUUCACCCGGUGCUAUAUCUGCUCCAGUAAACCUUGACACGCGUCGACUUGCGCAGGAUGCGGCCACACUCUCCCCUGAAGAGUGGAUGACUCCCUUUCCCACCUCGCAUGUUCCCGAAGACGACCUACCACACUUGAUUAUCGCGUCGGGAGGAAAUGCAGGGUUGGCCGCUGCGAGUGCGGCAGGGAUCUUGGGUGUCAAAUGCACAGUGUUUGUUCCUGAUGCGCAGAAGGGGAUUGAGCAUCUGUUUACACGCCAUGGCAAAGAAGGGAGUGUCAAUGUCGUCGUCGGUGGCGAAAAUUAUCGCGCGGCAUUGAUGAAGGCCGUAGAGUUUAAAGAGGAGAUUGGUGACAAAGGAGUUUUGGUGCCGGCGUAUGACGAUCCACUGGUAUGGCAAGGCAAUUCGAGCUUGGCGCAUGAGAUUGCAGAGCAACUCCCCGACGGCGUCAAGCCCGAUGCCAUAUUUUGCAGUGUUGGCGGGGGAGGAAUGAUUGCGGGUCUGAUGCUUGGGUGCGAAGGCAUACCUGGGUGGAAUCAAGUCCCCAUUGUCGCUAUCGAACCCACUGGAUCUGCUUGCUUCUACCAUUCAGUACAACUGAAUCGCACAGGUCGUACCUCGACCGAACUUCCAGCGGGUGCCUCCAUCUCCAACGAACGCAUUCCUCACCCCUUUGCCGGUACGCUCACACCUUAUGCGUCAAAUUCACCAUACAAUGGAGGAGACGAUAUGUGUGACGUUUCUAUGGUUCAUCUGCCCUCCAUUAACUCGUACGCGACCUCAUUAGGCGCAUCUACCGCUUCGAAUGGCUCGAACCGCGUGUGUCCCGUGUGUCGACAAGAUUUCUCAAUAAUACACGACCUACGCAAGCUCCAUGUCGAUUUGGAAUCCAACACCUCCCGUCUCGCUGUCGCCCUCGAACUCCGUGCUCUCGAAAUAUCUAGAACUGGCGAUGUUUCCAAGCAACAAGAAGUUAUUGCUGACAUCGAUGCUUACAUGCUCACAAAGCCGCCAGGCUUUCGCUCGCCUCUCUCUACCAUCGCGGAAUUGCUUCGCCUAUGGGUGGAGUCAACCGCCCAAUUCCAUGUCGUCCUAGAGCAUGCCCAAGAUGGUGAAAACACUCUGCGUCACAGCCAAGAAAUGGAAAAAGCAAAGCUGACAGCGGAUGGCAGACGGCUUGCACAGGAGAACGAGGCACUCAAGGAUGGGCUUGCGAGACAGAAAGCCCGCAUCGUAGACCUGGAAAACGAAGUAGUCAGUCUUCGCAAGCAGCCGCCCUUGGAUGUGUCCGUACCGCCAGCUUUACGAUACCCUCCACCCGCAAGUCCAUUAUCAUCGCCUAUGCAACUAUCGCCAAGCCCCUUGAUUGACAAACCAGUGGCCCCUGUUCGCCCCCCGCCCACACCUUUGAUCACAUCGCCGGGGAAACCGGCUCAACCCAAUACAAGCAACUCUACAUCGUUGUCACUAUCGGCACCUUCAUUGAGGCGGAAACGAUCUAGUAAUGGCCCGCUUGGACCGAGAGAGCGUAACGGUCCUGCAGUGUCUGCUGCGGCGCGUCCACCAGGAGCCGCACCGUCCGCGUUUCUCCCCAAGUUGGACCUAUUCAAUGCCACGGAUUCACAUUCUCAUCUUUCCAUGCCCACAUCCACGUACGAUGGACUUCGAAGAACGUCCUUGCCCGUCUUUGUCACGGCGCAACCAAGCGUCAGCCAUUCCGACGUGACACACGACUCUCCGGCGGUAUCUAUGCCUCAACUACGGAAACAGCAACGAUCAUCACAGCCAUCGUCUUGGUACCUAGUGGACUAUCCGCAACAGCCACUAGUCGACUCGAAUCAAUCAAUACAUGAAGCCGAUCCUUCGAGUCGACAACAUACAAGUCGAAGAUUACCAAAGCAGCCAACGACAGGAACAGUUGAGAAUGUUGACAUUCCGCCUCGUCCAGUACGCUCUCAACCUCCACCAGCGGCGGUGGACCCACCGACGCUAUCACGGAAAAGGGCACUCAGACGGCAGAGUAAUCGAGACAUUAUAUUGAAUACGGACCUCUAA